CACGCUAUCCAGUUUCAGUCGCGAGUCGAGCCUUCUUAUGGUACAAAACAAACGAAAUGAAACUUGCUUCGUUGAUUUCUGGUUCCACUGAUUACACUCGCAUCUUCUCCAUUAAGGACAAUGUGAUGAGGGAAAAGAAGCCAAUUCUUGCAUGGGAAGAAGUGAAGCUGUUCAAAACCAUGGUUCCUCCUCUUGUGGCUGCUUUUCUUGUCUUAUCUCCAAUUAGCACCACUCCACUUUCAAGUGCUCAAGCCGUAGAUAUUCAGAGAGGAACCACAUUGUUUCGUCAAGCUUGUAUUGGAUGUCACGAUGCAGGUGGAAACAUAAUACAACCGGGGUCAACUCUAUUUACAAAGGAUUUACAGAGAAAUGGAGUUGAUACAGAAGAAGCAAUCUAUCGUGUCACUUACUAUGGCAAAAGACGAAUGCCAGGCUUUGGUAAAGAGUGCAUGCCACGGGGUCAGUGCACAUUUGGAGCCCGUUUGGAAGAUGAAGAUAUCAAGAUAUUGGCUGAGUUUGUCAAGUUGCAGGCUGAUCAAGGGUGGCCAAGUAUAGACACUCAAGAAAAGUGAUUUAAUUCAUGUUAGGUUCACUUAUUUGUAAAAUAUAAUUGUUUAUUUCUUUUAACAUUUUUUUGAAAACUUUUGAAAAUAAAUUGUUAGUUAUGCUAGGCUGAACCAAACAUGUUGAGAUCCGUUAAACAACAAUGUUGCAAAAAUCUCUACUCUAAGCCAAUAUUUUAAUAUAAUCAAUUUAAGUUUAA